UCAUGGGUUUAAUACAAGAUAAGUGAUCGAGGAGCCAAGAGUCUGGACCCGCACGGGUCGCGUCUUUCGGCAGGCGUGAUCACGCGUCUACCAAUCUAAUUUCAGGUACUCAUUGGCAGUCAACACAAUAUCACGGCGAGAUCGACAAAUUGUGCAAAUAGAGUAAACCCCCAUGGUGCCAGCCGAAUAAUCAAAAGCAGUUACAACGGACCCCACGAUAUCAGAUAUCAAUAGAUACAUGCGAAUACUCAUAUGAUGAUGGAUUCGGAUCUAGUUUCUUCAUCACCUGCAUUUGGAUCUCCCGCACACCCUUUGCGAAAAAACAAAUCCAAUCAUCUUACCGCGAGGACAUCUAUACUGCCCAUCUUACUUCCCCCCUCUACUCUUCGGCCUGUGGCUUUCCGUACGUUUACUCGGAAACACAACCUGACGAUUUCAUCAUCUGCACUACAGACUCUAGCUACCUUCGUGGGCAGGAAUUGUGGGUCAGGAUGGCGCGAAGAAGGCCUCGCAGAACGAGUAUUGGACGAGGUGGCUAAAAGCUGGAAAAAAGCCGGAGGAGGCGUUAUUAUAGAAGAAGGCAAAGGUGCCUCGCUGAAAACAAUCCUACAGACCAUUGAAGGGAAUAUGAGCGGCGGUAGGGUUAUCAUUGGCAAGGCCGCUACACCAGAUGACGUGUCUCUGAGGGUUUUAAACCAGUAUAGGGGCAGAGCGCAUUUAGAUAUACAGUUAUCGCCCUGCGCGGCAACGACGCUGGAAGACCGGGAACAGGGAGACUCAGACCUGCCGGCACACCCGAGAAGUUGGAUCAAGGUCGUCGAUGCAUUUGAUAUUCCUCGCUUGACCUACAACGCUGACAAGAAAUAUUUUGAGGCUGCCAAGUCGAAACCUUCUCUGUUUCCGCAGCCCUGCCAUAAGACUGCAUUGUUCCGGGAUCGUUAUAACGUGAUCUACCAGCGCUUGCUCCGAAACGAAUCUUUUCAAGUGACACUGGGCUCUUCCAGUGUAGCUUUACUAUCACGACCGUCGUCGUCCUUCGCUGCUAACCAAUGCUAUAAGCUCACUCCAAUUGCAAACCUGCUCGGCAGGAGUGGUACCUCCCAUCUAUUGCUCGGGAUGCUCUCAGUUUCCCCCACGGGUGAUCUGUCUCUUACCGAUUUGACGGGGAGCAUUGCCUUAGAACUGAGUCAUGCACGGAUGAUACCUGAAGAUGGUGCUUGGUUCGCGCCCGGGAUGAUUGUGCUUAUUGAUGGGAUCUAUGAAGAGGAAGAAACUAUGAAGGGGUCAACAUUGGGUGGAAAUAGUGGGAUUGGGGGUGCUAUUGGGGGUAGAUUUGUCGGAGUCUCUAUCUGUGGACCUCCCUGCGAGAGACGAGACUUGUCUCUAGGGACUAAUAAACAAAAUGCCGCAGAAGUGAGCUCUAGCGGGGGCUUUGGCUGGGUAGACUUCCUGGGGGUUGGAAGCGAGCGUGCACAGGGGCAUCGUAUGAGACAGAUCCAGGCGAAAUGUCUGCGAGACUUGCACGGGGGCAAAGAUGGCUCCCGCCGCACCAAAAUAGCAAUCAUGGGCGAGGUCAACCUCGAUCAUGUCAAAACUUUGGAUGCACUAAAGAGACUUUUUGGUCUGUACAGUGAUUUAUCACUAGGAGAACGACCGACUGUUUUCAUUUUAAUUGGGAACUUCGUCCAAAAGGUCAUGAUCAAUGGUGGGGGUCAGGCAGGUGGUAUUGAGUACAAAGAAUAUUUUGACUCGCUCGCUAUGAUAUUAUCUGAAUUCCCCUCAUUGUUACAGCGCUCUACAUUCAUAUUCGUGCCAGGCGACAAUGAUCCCUGGUCAUCUGCCUUUUCAGCUGGUGCUGCUGCCACUAUCCCACGCCAGGCGGUUCCAGAACUGUUCACAUCGAGGGUGAAACGUGCAUUUGCUACGGCCAAUGCAGAGUCAGACCGUUCCCAAACGUCCGAACCUAUGGGCGAAGCUAUUUGGACUACGAAUCCAUCACACAUCACCCUAUUUGGACCAGUCCAUGACAUCGCUAUAGUUCGUGAUGACAUUUCAGGUCGACUGAGACGCAACGCAAUAAGCAUUGGGCAGGAUAUGGACAAUUUUACAGCAAUAGAUGACGCGACGGGUAAUCAAAAGGACAUUGCAUCUCCUGGAAGCUUGACUGAGGCUAGGACCCCACGAAUAGGAGCCGAGUCUUAUUCAGUCUCUUCAGCCGUUCAUAUGUCUCGAAAACUUGUCAAGACAAUACUGGAUCAAGGCACCAUGUCACCCUUCCCCCUCUCGCUACGACCCAUCUUAUGGGAUUAUGCGUCUUCCUUGCAGCUAUACCCCUUGCCUUCGAGCUUUAUUCUAGCAGAUCCUGAAGCUGCGCCGUUUUGUAUGACUUAUGAAGGGUGCCAUGUGAUGAAUCCUGGGAGGCUUAUCCCUGAAGGUGACCUUUCAUCUGUGAGAUGGGUUGAAUAUGAUGUUUUCAGGAACCGAGGAAGGGUGAGAGAGACGCACUAUUAGCCAGUGGCCACAAAGGCGGGCAUAAGUCAACAUCUUGCAUGUCGUGUUUUAUGAUGGCAAGAACGAGACUAAUGUAAUGAUGAAAUAGAAACCGUAAGGCAUGUCAGUAUGGAUCAAAGUUGCGGUUUGGGCUAGACUCUUAAUGUGAUUCUAUAAAGCGACAGCAUAGUUCUCUAUCAACCUAUGCUCACCUGUGGAAACAAGAUAUUGUAUAUGAGAUUAUGAUUCGACGUGUUCAACAAGGACUACUGAUGUCCGUAAUCAGCUCAGUAAGUAGUCAUCAGUAGCAAGAUCGCUCACGAAGAGGAAAAACAGAGGAAUGCUGGUACAGUGAAGAGUCUAGGCCAAUGUCGGAUGUGAGGA